ACCACUCCCCGUAAGAGGCAUGUGAAUCCUGCAAAAAAAAAAAAGGCGUGUGUGUUCAUGGGUAGGGCUCCUCCCUCCCUUCAGUGGCGGGGUUCUCGUUUCUCAGCGCCUACUAUUAUGUUACUCCGUGUGUGUGUGUGUGUGUGUGUCAGGUGACUUGGGUCACGCAGUUUCUCCUCUGGGAGGGACUGUACGGCCUCUACUGACUUUCCUUUGACAACUGCGGCGAGGAGGAGGACGGAAUAUAGGCAAGGGAGCAGUUUCGGUCAAAGUCCCAGAGAGGAAGCCCCAGGGGUGGUAGUGGCGGUGGGGCUGCGUGUCAGGGGAGAGUGAAGCCAGGGCGGGAUCAGGAUGAGCCAGGUGCCGGGGAAGCUGAAGGAGCAGGAAGAGGACGAAGGAGAGGAGGAGGAGGAAGAUGAUGAAGAGGACGACGACGACAACGACGAGGAAGAAGAAGAUGAGAUUGUUGGGCUUGCAGAUUACGGGGACGGGACUGGAUCCUUCUCGGAUGGCGACCCGGAGAACGGCGGGGACGGGGCUUUUCUAGAUUUCAGUGAUCCCUUUAGUAGUGAAGUCAAACCAAGAAUCUUGCUAAUGGGACUGAGAAGAAGUGGAAAAUCUUCCAUUCAAAAAGUUGUGUUUCAUAAAAUGUCACCGAAUGAAACUCUUUUCUUGGAGAGCACCAACAAGAUUUGCAGAGAGGAUGUUUCCAACAGUUCCUUUGUAAACUUUCAAAUAUGGGACUUUCCUGGGCAAAUUGACUUCUUUGAUCCUACCUUUGACUAUGAGAUGAUUUUCCGAGGCACUGGAGCACUGAUAUUUGUUAUUGAUUCUCAGGAUGACUAUAUGGAAGCAUUGGCUAGAUUGCAUCUCACUGUGACGAGAGCAUAUAAAGUGAAUCCAGACAUAAACUUUGAAAUAUUUAUUCAUAAAGUAGAUGGCUUGUCUGAUGAUCACAAGAUUGAAACACAGAGAGAUAUUCACCAGAGGGCAAAUGAUGACCUUGCAGAUGCCGGGCUGGAAAAAAUCCACUUGAGCUUUUAUUUAACAAGCAUAUACGAUCACUCUAUAUUUGAAGCAUUUAGCAAAGUGGUACAGAAAUUGAUCCCCCAGCUUCCAACACUGGAGAACUUGCUUAACAUCUUUAUCUCGAAUUCUGGAAUUGAGAAAGCCUUUCUCUUCGAUGUAGUCAGUAAAAUUUACAUUGCAACAGACAGUACUCCAGUGGACAUGCAGACUUAUGAGCUCAGCUGUGAUAUGAUUGAUGUUGUAAUUGACAUUUCCUGCAUCUAUGGGCUCAAAGAAGAUGGUGCAGGAACACCUUAUGACAAAGAAUCAACAGCAAUAAUAAAACUGAACAACACAACUGUCCUUUAUUUAAAGGAAGUGACAAAGUUCCUUGCGCUAGUUUGCUUUGUCAGAGAAGAAAGCUUUGAGAGAAAAGGACUAAUAGACUACAACUUCCACUGUUUCCGUAAGGCCAUACAUGAAGUAUUUGAAGUGCGAAUGAAAGCAAGGAAGAAUCAAAACCAAAUGCAAAAGACCAAGAAGGCCACCCCUAAUGGCACACCUAGAAUGCCACUGUAGUUGAACUGCAUGCACCACUGUUAACUUGUAAAACUUAUUUUUUUUUUGUAAUGGUGUCAUCAAGUUCCAUCACCAGAAGAUGAAAGGGACUGCUGUACUGUCGUUACGGAUUUUACCACACUAGCCUCCCUACAAAACACUGUAUAUCCAGUUGUUCAUAUUAAGAAAUAUCUAUUACAAAACUGUUUUGCACUUUUGUCAUGUUUCAUGAUGGAAAUGAACUUUUGAUAAACCAAUUUGUGUUUUAUUUAAAAUGCCACUUUUUGUGUGUGAUCUUGGGUAGGAUAUGUACCAUAGUUUCUCCACACGCUGCAAACUAAUGAGUAAACAAUCAAGAAAACAUGGUGAGAUAACUUUUUACAAAUUUGUGGGGAUUUAAUAUUCAUGCUAGAUAUAAAUAUAUAAAACAUAUUCCAGCUUGUAAGUGAAGUUUUAUUUUGAAAUACAAUAGCAAUAAAAUAUUUCCUAGGAGUCCUUUAUUGGUACAUAAAGUUUUGUAAAAACAGGCUUUGAGCUAAAUACUUCCCAAAUGUCUCCAUAAAUCCCAGAAGCUCAUUUUGUUCUUUAUACAAUGAUUACCUCUACAUAAAAGUAACUUUCUAUAAAGAGACCUAUUUUGUAACAAU